CUUGAAAUCUUCACCAAAAGGUUAUCCUAUCAUUUCCAACUUUGCCUUUCACAGCACAACCAGCAAACAGCACAACAGAAGACCAGCAACGUGACCGACAGCAUCAGAGCAUCAUGUCGUUAGAGCAUAACAAGCACAUUGAGACGACCAGCGAGGACGCUAAGCAUGUGGACUUGUUCAUUGCGGAGUCUAUGACUUCUCAACUUUCACAGAACAAGACGGCCUCGAGCGGACAGAGCGCAAAGAGGAAGAGCAGACAGCAGCUCUGCCGAUAUUUCGCGCGAUCAAAGUGCCGAGACGGCGAGAAGUGCAAGUUUCUACAUGAAAAGAAACCGAAAAAGUCAAAGCAAACGAGCUGUGAAGAAGACGCUGGUUCAUCGACCACGCAGCCAGCACCCGCUGUAGAGCCUGAACAGAAGAAGAAGACGCGUAAAUGCAAGUAUUUCGCUUGGAACAAAUGUCGCAAUGGCGACAAGUGCAAGUUCUCCCAUGACAGUAAGAAUGGCGGCGUUAAAAGGAAGGAUGACACAUUGGAGCCCUAUCUACACCCCCGCGCAGUCGUGGUGGUGCUGGGUGGAUCCACUGAACCGGAAACUAUCAAGGAUGAAGACACGAGCGAGUGGUCUGAUGCACAGCAGCGUGCUCUCGAUCUGGCAUUGAAGAGAUACCCGGCGUCGAUGGACAUGACUGAUCGAUGGACCAGUAUAGCCAACGAGGUGGAUGGUCGAUCCUUGAACGAAUGUAUCGACCGCUUCAAGAAGUUGUGCGAACUUGUGCGGAGCGGUGUGGACCCUACUACGGUAUAUUCGUCCGAGGAGAUUGCAACAGAGUCGAUUGCAAGCGAGAGAGACCCUAUCAACAGUCAGAUUAUUCCUCCAGAACAGCGUGUCGCCGUUGAAACUGAACCAGAAGUGACGGGAACGCAGAUCUGCCUCGAAGAUCUCUUUCUCCACGAGAUCGGCACACUUGUUGCCCACCAACUUGUAUGCCAGCUCCAAUGCGCCAACUGCCCGCUAACGUUUGACGCCACUUUGAGCCUGGACGAAGCGAAGUUCCAACGAUGGUGUCCUCGAUGCAGCGUGCUGCACCACAUCCAGAUCAGAUCAGUGUUUGCCCAUGCUCAGAGUGAUGUCCUGGCUUAUCUGGAUACUGAGAACUGCAGCAUUAUUGACGUACUGCCGUCGAACAUGUUAGUCACUUGCUUGGAAUGUGGAAACGAAGCACUACUAGAGGGAGUUGCGCCGAGUCAGCGAUCAGAGCAAGUCUGCUUCUCUUGCCACACUAAGCUGGCUGUAAUGGCAAAACGCUUCCUGGCUCGACAACUGGAAGGAUCGAGUCGAAAGCGUGAUGAUUCUGCAACAAAGCCGGAAGCCAAGCAGAGACCCAACAAAUUCAAGGAGACUUUCGUCCUGGGCCAACCACUACCUCGUUUUGGAGCCUGCAAUCACUACAGACAUUCGCUGCGCUGGUUUCGGUUCCAGUGCUGCGGUAAAGCGUUCCCGUGUAACGUGUGCCACGACUCGAGUGACUGCUCGAAAGCCAACAUGGGGAUCCUUGCCACCCGGAUGAUCUGUGGUUUGUGCUCGAAAGAGCAGUCGAGCUCGGUCAAAGUGUGCUCAUGCGGCAACGACGUCGCGUCCAAGAAAACAACCACUCAUCACUGGGAAGGUGGCACUGGCUGCCGCAACUACUUCCUGAUGUCGCGCUGGGAUAAGCAGAAGCACCGAGGCCAGAACAAAACGGAGUGUACCAAGUUCACUCGCGUUGGAGCAGAAGCCAAGCGGCGCAGAGAAAGCGCCAAUGCGAACGCCAACUUUCUCGUCCCGGGCGUUCACUAAUUUCCGGUAAAGCUCGAACUACUACGACGCUAGCGACCAAUGUCUUCAGCAUUAGCCCGCAAAGAUCGUGUCAUCGCUAGCUGCAUCUAAACGAAUAAUACACAUUUGAUUUCAAACAAUGGCUUGCUAUUGUUGAAAGCAUUGCCCUGUAAGGUAUGCUCAUAACCGUGUUAUAUCCAAUUGUUUCCCGUUCCA